AUGGUUUCAAAUCAAAUAGAUCUCUCUGCGGCAGAUGUUAGUCAGGUUCUAAAUUUCUAUCAACAAGAAGAAUUAGAACGAAUGCGAGUGUCUGGAACAGCAAAAAUGGAAAACGGUGUCUUACGGGAAUUUCUAUCAUAUGAUGGAACGGUCACAAUGAAGAAUACGACUGGAUUGGUUUCAAAUGGAAUGGAUGAAGAUUUGAAUAGCCAAGGGAGGGCAUCUGUUGAAUUUUUAGAAACAGUUUCGCGUGACAAAAAUACAACUAUAGAACAUGAUCAAGUUUUGAAUGCAGCAGUAAAGCCAGAGGAUUUUGAAAAUGUGUUGGAUGAAGAACGACCAGAAACCAUUACUCCAAAUUUAGGAACAGUUUCACAUGACAAAGUCACACCUCUAGAAGACGAUCAAAUUUUGAAUGCACCUGUAGAGCAGGAGGAAUACGAACAUUUAAUGGAUGAGAUGGAACGAACUGAAGAAGCAAAUUGUGCUCCUUUUGUUUCUAAUUUAGAGACCUUUCCACAAGACGAAGUCACACCUGUUGAAGAAGAUCAAGUUUCGACUGCAUUUGUUAAACCGGAAAAUUGUAAUUAUUCUUUGAAUGAACAGGAGCGAUCGGAAACAACAUCUGAUUCUACUAUUUCGAAUUUAGAAACAUGCUCAUACGACAAAUCCGAAUCUCUAGAAGAAGAUCAAGUUCUGAAUGCAUCUGUAGAGCCUGUGAAAUGUGAAAAAUCGCUAGAUGAGGAGGAGCUAGCAGAAACAAAUUGCGAUACUCAUAUUCCAAAUUUAAAUUCGCCGCAAAGUUUGCAUCUUCCACCAAAGUUUUCAAACUAUCCGUCACCUGGCUUCAAAUCUUCUAACCCCCCAUCUGAACCCUCCAACGAGCCGCUGGCGUCAGAGAGCUUAAAAAUGAAAGAUGUAUGUGGGUUGCUUCCGGAACCAACCCGAAGCUCUUCUGAUGCAGAAGACCGUUUACUGACACAACCUGAGGAUCUUCAUCCUCAGCUCACGUCGCAAAACAGGGAAAUCACUUUGCAUCCUAUGAGCUAUAUGAAUUUUAUGAAUGUAGUCAACCAGAAAAAUGGCCAAUUCAAUGGAUUGAAUCUGAUAAAUCUUCCACAACAACUUCAAAGUCUAUUGUAUAGCAACAAUAAUGUUAUCAACAACUGCUCGCCUAUUGAAAAACAAAAUGAGACAAGCGCACCACCAGCAAUCGAAAAGCCAACACACUAUUCUCCACCAAAAAGCCAUCCAGUUGCUUUAUGUCCUCCAAAACCCAUUGGACCGCUUUCAAAGAAACCACGCCGACAAAGAACAACUUUCACAUCUGACCAACUCGACAGUUUUGAGAUACUAUUCGCAGCGAAUCCUUAUCCAAGUUUUGAGAGAAAGGAAUACCUCGCUCAAAAAUAUUCAUUGGCACCAGAGCGAAUAUCCAUUUGGUUUAAGAAUAGACGAGCCAAGCAGAAAUCCAUAAACAGUCAGAUGGGUGAAGGACCUCAGAGCUCAAUCGUUCGUGAAAUAAAAUUGGAAAUACCGGAUGAAGAGUAUGUAGUUAAAUCUACACCCCAUUCCAGUUCAGGCAUUGUAAAUCAAUCUGCUCAGCAUCGAUUGUUGACAAAUCCUUGCAAUCAAACCGACGCCAUAAAGUUGGGUAGCUUUCCGUAUAUUGGUACACCAACACCUCAAAUCAGCUUUUUCGGAAACCGGCUUCAAAUGAUAAAGCCUCACCAAUCAUUUGGAACUCCAAAGCCAACAGGAUCGAUUCUGAAUCCUUUAAAUCAUUCGUAUUAUGUUAAAUGA